GAGAGAGCUGCCCGUUUCAAUAACUCACGACCUCGACCUCCUCCUAGAACCUGAGAGCUCUGUCUAGAAUCCUUUUCCUGUCGUGCAGCAAGAGAAUCAGCUGGUAUCCUAGGUUGAGACGACCUCGACCUCGGCUCUCCAAACUCGCACUCGUUUGCUUUGCUGGCAUUCCUGUCUAGACUCUCGCUCCUCGCAUUCCGCACAGCCUUGUCUCGACUGCACUGCGCCGCCGAUCCGCCAUGUCGGGAUUUCCCGACCGGAUCAAGCAGAAGCUGGGAGGUGCCGGCGAGGGCACGGGGAUCCGCGGACAGAUCAAAAGCUUAGUCGGGCGCGGGGAUGACUUGGAACAGGUUCACCGGGCCGGCCACGUCGCACAGCCGCUGUCGUCGCUGAGAGACCCCGCCUCGUUCCCUCCUCCGCCCAGGCACAUAGGGCGGCGCGCGACAACCACCAGCAACAUCAACGCCCCGUCUCUCACGCAGGCGUCGUCGCCCUCACUAACAUACCCGUCCAAGUCGCCGCCGCCUACCUACUACUCGCCCAGAGCGGCAGCCGACGAUGAUUAUGACGGCAGCGCCAGCGCCAGCGGCAGCAUCGCAUCAUGGCUGAGCCAGACCUCGACCGGCGGGCCGCCGCUGCCCCCGAGACUGCCGCCCCGGUCAUCCACCGUCAGCGGGGGCGGCGCAUCUCCACCUCCUCCUCCUCCUCAGCGACCCGCAUGGCUAGCGCUCCCGGGCCGGCGCAGCGCCGCGCCCGAGCCGUCAUCGCCACCGUUGCUGCCCCCGCCGCUCACCAGCCCUAGCACACUGAACCAGGGCGCCAUCGGCCGGCUAGGCGCAGCGGGGAUCUCCGUGCCGGCGUUUGGCAUCGGCCCUGGGACCGCCAGCCCCUCAUCAACGGCCAACGGCGGGGGUGGCGGCAGCGACGGCGGUGGCGGGGGUGGCGGCGGCACGACAUGGAAGCAGAAGCAAAACGCGCUGCGCACGGCGUCGGCGCUGCAAAAGGAGCCGAGCAAGGUGUCGCUGGCCGAGCUGCAGUCCGCCGGCUCGACCUUCCAAAACUUUAGCCAGCGCCACGGCGACCAGGUCGCCGCGGGGUUGCGGACCGCCGGCAACUUGCGCGACAACGCCCGUACCGAUUUCUUCGAGGCCCGUAUUUUAAAAGGGGCCCGGCCCACAGGGCAAUGUUUAUUUUUAUUAUUAUUCUACUUUUUGGAAGCCGACAGGUCUGCAAGUCAGAUACGUACGGGGCAAAAGAAUCAACCAAACAAGCAUAGGACGAGUAUUCUUUGACAUACAUCACAGGCAAAAGAUUACAAAUUACAAUGCACCCGCAAAUAAUGCGGCGUUUGGAUGCAGAAAAUAGCCAGGCUUUCUCUCUACAUGAAGGUAUUGCGGUAAACAAGCGAGCUAACUCAUCAUCAAUGAGCUGGCGGUAUAUAUGCCAAACGGAAUACCAAGCAGAGAGUCGAACUCUUUUUGUUUCAGAUUGUCUGGUUGGUACUGCAGUAACAGCAAUGGCUAAAAAAUGGAGAUAGAUGGUUUGUAUUUUUUGGUUCGGGGGAGAUGGGCUGUCUGUCUCGGGUUCCGGAUUUUUAAACCUUGGUGCCCUUGAGGCCGUGCUUCCAGACAACGACGUAGGGGGUGGUGCCGUCCUCGCGGUAGUUGAGGAGAACGACCCUGUGCUCUCUGUCAGUUUCCAUGUCCAGAAUGGUGCCGGCGGGUAGUGGAUGGGGCGC